AUGGGGUCUGCUGAGUUGGGUACGGCCAAAUACCUGAACAAAAAGAUGAAGGCCAAAGGUCUUCAAAAGCUGCGAUUUUACUGUCAGGUUUGCCAAAAACAGUGUCGAGAUGAAAAUGGGUACAAAGCACAUUGCAGGUCACCAUUUCACACUCGAAAUGUAGCCCAGAUGAAGCCACAAGAUUUAAUUAACUAUACAGAACAGUUUGAAAAAGAUUUCUUGCGACUUCUGAGGCUAUCUCACGGAGAGAAGAAGAUAGAUGCUAAUAAGUUCUAUAAUGAGUUUAUUCAAGAUCGAGACCAUGUACACAUGAACGCUACGAAGUAUACGUCACUGACCAAAUUCAUUUUACAUUUGAGUAAAACUGGUAAAAUACGACUUCACAACAUCGAAGGAGACGAAGAUAGCAUUGACGUUGAAAGCGGCAAAAUUAUGAUGAGUUACAUUGACAGCUCCUUUGAAAAUAUGCUGCGACAGAAUAAGGUCAAAGAGAUAGAGGGUUCACAUAUCACUGAAGAAGACAUUAGAAUGAAGAUGCUGAAGCGUCAAAUAGCGUCAUCGACACCAGAAACAGAAACGGAAACCGCGCAUGCUAACGAUACGGAUGCAAUUGAAACCAUCAGUCCCGGCACUCAAAUUGGAAAAAUAUCUUUAACACUUCCGAAGAAACCAGUGAGCAGAGGGAAAGUUGGCAAAAAACCAAAGAACGUAUUUAAAAAACUGAAAUAG